GUUCGAGUUCGUUUGCAGCUGGGUUCUGUCAGUUUCAGCUGUCAGACCGUCAACCAAAUGCCAGAACCUUGACUUUUUGUAAGAGAUUCACAUUUUGAGGUUACCUUUUACGAGCGCACAGUUACAAAAUGAGCUGCUGGUUCACCGGUGGAUUAUCAGUAGGACCGAUUGAAAAUUAACCAGUUUCGAAUUAAUGCCUCUUUUCUAAGAAUUUUAUAAAACAUGACUGAUUUUUUCGAACGACUAGAAUCUAAUGACAAAGAGACUGUUGAGAAUGCAAAGCAAAGUCUUCGAGAACAAUUUAUUAAAGUUAACGAACCAUGGUUAUUAAAUGGUUUGUAUGAGUAUUAUUUAAAUACCAAUUCUCAACGAGCCAUGGAAAUUUUGGUCAAUAUUAAAGAACCACACCAUAUAUAUUUAUUCGACAGAUUAUCUGAUUCUAUGAAAGGUCCAAAAUUAGAAAUAAAAGUCCAGGCUCUGACACUUUUUGGUUAUGUAGCUCGUAGACAGCCGACUUGGCUGUAUAAACUUCAGGAACAUGGUCUUCUUAGGGAGUUGUUGAAAUCUUUAAAGAAUGAAAUAGAGCUUCUACCUUUGAUAAGUGCACUUCUUGUUUUAAUUGUAUUAUUACCAAUGAUUCCUUCAGCUAUGGGAAACUAUUUGAGAGAUAUUUUUGAAAUAUUCAGUCGACUGGCUUCAUGGAAUUGUAAUCCUGGUAAAAUUGUGGAAGAUCAAUUGAUACACAUGCAAGUGGCACUUUAUGCCUUAUUUUUAAGAUUGUAUGGGAUGUAUCCUUGCAAUUUUCUUGGAUAUCUUAAGAUUCAGUACAAAGAUAAGAAUACUCCAGUAUUUGUUCAUACCAUAAAACCCAUGUUAGAUACAGUCAGAAUGCAUCCUUCACUGGUUACAUCAACUGAAGAUACUGAAGUAACGACGGAAAGGUAA